AUGGAUGCAAUAGUGAAGCCAUUACCACCUUUUUAUAGCAGCAAUGCCAGUAGCGAAGUUUCGGACGAUAAUGUUUCUUCUGCAUCUUCGUCGGAAGAGGGCACUGUCAUUAACACACCAAGAAACAGUGAAAUUAUCUUCUCUGCUACUGUCAAGAGGCGUGCUUCUUCAUUUUCAACAACGUCCAAGGGUAGCAUUUGCAACAAUAAGAAGCGCCUUACACCACCUCCACCUCUACAAUUAUUGAAAAGAGCAAAGAGCUACAGCCACAAUAAUAGCAAUAAUUUGAUACCGCCUGUUCCUUCGUUGCCUACAACUACCAAUAUAGUAUCAUUAGAAAGAAAGAUCGAAGAAUUAGAACAAGAAUUAAGUAAACGCAUACAAAGAGAAUCAGAACUAAUUAGUCAAAUAUGGAUUUUGAAUCAACAUGGUUACGAUAAUAACGCGCACAAAACAGCAUAUCAACGAAUGAGCCUAAGCAUAGAACAGUUUUUAAAUAGGAGAGAAAAGUCGAAUGCGGCAGUUGUCGAGAAGCGAAAUAACACCAUUGGUACUAAUACUAACGCAACUGCCAUUGUAUGGUUGUAUCGCAUUAAAGAUACUAUUGGACGGUAUAAGAAAGCAAAUAAUAGUGCUGAAUCUACUAGUAAAGAGCUUUUAAGAGACAUAGAGACUUUAAUUGAAGCAUGGCAGCUCACCUAUAAAAUGCAAUUGCUAGAUUGCCAAGAACAAAAGGAAGAGCUAGAGCAAACUUUAGAUAUGGUGAGAAAGGAAAUGCAAAUGAUGCUCGAGGAAUUAGAAGAUAUUAAACAGCAAAGGAUACGGUAUAAGGCACAGGCCAGUCGACUUAAAGCAAGCCUAGAUGCUGUACAUAAGGAAAUUGAUGGAAACGUAGCAGAUCAGAAAAAAAGUAUAGACGCUUUACGUGCAUUACAUCAAGAUGCGGAAAGACAAGCUGUCGAUUUGACUCGUGAAAAUAAGCGGCAAGCAUUGACAAUAGCCAGUCUUCGAGGUGAAAUUAAAAGGGCAGCUGAAGCGAGAUAUAAGAUAUUUGUUGAUUCAAGAAAAACAAGGAAUAACGAGUGCUGCUGUCAAAAAGAAGGAUUAUACAAUAAUGAUAGUACAAAAAAUACAAAAGCAGAUGAACUGCAUGCUUUGCAGAUCGCUUGCCGAGCAGCAGAAUCAAAUGCCACUAUCCAACGCACACGCGUAAAACAAUUAGAGCAGCAACAAGCGACGAUUAAUAAGGAUCUUCAGGCACAUCUUCAAAGAAUUGUCCAAUGGUUGCAUCAGCGGCAGCAACGUCAGUGUAUUUGUGUUGAGAAAUGCCACACGUUUCAAGAGAUAGCAGAGCGAAUAGAAUUGGAGCAAAGGCUAUGGAAAAGCAAUAGUAAAAAAGAAAUGCAGAAGAAGUUCGAUAUCGAUUUACUUCACGUUCAUCGAGACUUAAGGCAGGCUAUUUCCAGAAUUAGUGGCUUAGAGGAAGAGAUUGAUACUCUUCAAUUACGGCAUGAGCAAGAGUUAAUACAGUCGAUAUACGAAUCACGACUACAUCACGACAGACGACUCCAUAGAUUGAUAACAAACCAUAACAGAAAAGAACUUGCCUUAGAGAAAAACUUGGAAGUUUCCAACCAAAAAAAUAAGACUUUGCAAAACGAACUAUUGAUUUUACAGAGUCAUAAUAUGAUGAUGGCACAACAACUAGUAAAAUUGACUGCCUAA